UGUAUUCGGGAGUCAGUGUUGGCUUGGAUGGGCAGGCAGAGCUCGGUCGGCGGCUGCUCUGUCCGGAGGCCAGUCUGUGCCUUGGUGUCGGAGGGGUGCGUUGCUGAGUUGGAGGCUCCAGGCUGAGCAGCGCUCGCUGAGGCCCGCGUCUUCAAGCCGGUGGCCGCGGGCUUCGGUUCCUGCCGCACUCCGGCUGGCUUCGUCCAUUUCUGGACCACACCACAACCUAACUGCUGGCCUCUCAGCGAGACCGGGGGGAAAGCAAAGACCCCGUCCACACCCUCGACCUCCGCCCCUAUCCGGCGGAGGAGCGGAGAUCCUAUUCGGAGGGGUCUGUCUCUCUAAAUAUGCUCCAGGAUGACGGAGCAGCCGCCGAGCGAGGCGGCACGCAGUGACCCCCCGCUAGAGGAACGGGACGCGACCGAGGCUCGCAUGGCCCCCCCGCACCUGGUCUUGCUGAACGGCGUCGCCAAGGAGACGAGCCGCGCGGCCCCUGCCGAGCCCCCAGUCAUCGAGCUGGGCGCGCGCGGCGGCCCUGGGGGCGGCCGCGCCGGUGGGGGCGGCGCCGUGAGAGACUUAAAGGGUCGCGACGCGGCAGCGGCCGAAGCGCGACAACGGGUGCCCACCACCGAGCUGUGCAGACCUCCCGGGCCCGCGCCGGCCCCCGCGCCCGCCCCGAACUCCGCGGAGCUGCCGGGCGACGGCCGCAUGGUGCAGCUGAGCCCGCCCGCGCUGGCGGCCCCUGCCGCCCCCGGCCGCGCGCUGCUCUACAGCCUCAGCCAGCCGCUGGCCUCGCUUGGCAGUGGGUUCUUUGGGGAGCCUGAUGCCUUCCCUAUGUUCACCACUAACAACCGAGUGAAGAGAAGACCCUCCCCCUAUGAGAUGGAGAUUACUGAUGGUCCCCACACCAAAGUUGUGCGGCGUAUCUUCACCAACAGCCGGGAGCGAUGGCGGCAGCAGAAUGUGAAUGGGGCAUUUGCUGAGCUCCGUAAACUGAUCCCCACCCAUCCACCCGACAAGAAGCUCAGCAAGAAUGAGAUCCUCCGCCUGGCUAUGAAGUACAUCAACUUCCUGGCCAAGCUGCUCAAUGACCAGGAGGAGGAGGGCACCCAGCGAGCCAAGCCUGGCAAGGACCCUGUGGUGGAGGCUGGCGGGGGUGGGGGUGGAGGAGGGGGUGGCGCGCCCCCAGAUGACCUCUUGCAGGACGUGCUUUCCCCCAACUCCAGCUGUGGCAGCUCCCUGGAUGGGGCAGCCAGCCCGGACAGCUACACAGAGGAGCUGGCCCCCAAGCAUACAGCCCGCAGCCUCCAUCCUGCCAUGCUGCCCGCCACUGAUGGAGCUGGCCCUCGGUGAUGGGUCCGGGGCCACCCAGGAUCAACCAGGAGGUGCCCUUAGGCCUCUGGGAUGAUGGGCUUCAGGGCAGGUGCCAUGAGAAUUAGGCAGCUCUGAAGCAGAGCAGUGGACUUGAUAAACUUUCCUUGAUGUGUGAACUUUGGGAAGCCCUAACUGACCCUGGGGCUGGCUUUUCUGUUUCCUGCCUCAGUAGGAGAACAGAAAAAUGGCGCAAAGUGGUAGGUACUUUUUAUGAAGACGGCACGGUCUUCCCCCUUCCCCCAGUCCCUAAAGACUUCCCAAGUAAGAGGCUCUAGUGUCACUGCUUUUGGCCUGGAGUUUAGGAGCCCUGUUUUUGCUGAGACUUGGGGCUGUUAGCUCUCUCUUGAGGCAUCCAGCAGCCUCUGCCUUGCCUUUAGCCCCUCCCAAGCUGGCUGGGGUGGCUUUUGUGGCCACUCUGUCCAAAUAUAUAGGUACCCAAUAGCUGCCCAUUUCUUGAGCUCCGUCUUCACCCAGGCCCAUGUUGGUCCAUUCAGCUUGCCAGCUGCUGCAGUCACAAGCCUCGAGGUGCCUUCUUCAGGGCCUGGUUGAUGAAGAUGGCCAGUGGACAGCCUGCUCUCGACUAGCUGGGCCAGAUGGUCAGAAAACCCAGUAGCUCUUACUUCUUGCCCUGGGGAUCAAAGCUCUGUUUUCUACCCUCUGAGACUUGCCUUCCUAAUCAUGUGGCUGUGAGGAUCAAGGCUGCAGCCAUGAGUGUGUCCUGUUGGGCUUUGUGUGAAGGCAGAGAAAGGGAAAAUGAUAUUAGAGUGAAGUGGAGCAAGAGAUAUUUUGGGCAUGUGGGCUUCAACUCCUACACAUCACUGUUGAUGCUGGUGAGCAGAUGCCAGUGUGCUGUGGGCACAUGUUGGUGCUGAGAGUAGACGUGCAGCCCCGUCUGCACAUUCUCCUAGAUGCUUAGAGGAUCUCUCUUCUGCAAGAUGUCUGUUUGCGGAUGGUCUGCUCUGUGUUCUGGAUUGUGCACAAACUCUGUCCUGUGAAUUCUUUGCAUUUGGGAUUUUUGCUUGACUUCAGUUAUUGGGAUCUUUAGGUCUUUGAUGUGACCCAGGAUAUAGCCCUACUUCAUGAGCAUGAGAAAUCCAACCACAAGCCCUGGCUAAGACCCAAACAUAUGCACAUUCACUUAAUAGAAACUUGAACACCCCUCGAUUGUGCAGCUUUCAGUCAUAAAGGGUGUGUAUGGGAGGUUGAUUUGAUGCAAUAGGAGUGCCCUCCUCCAAAAGCUGUACAUGAAAUUUUUGUAAAGCAAAUCCUUAUCCUUUAUCUUUUAAGGAAAUAGCCACUGCAAGUCCUUUUGUAAAGAAAAGAAUCCUUUUGUACAGUGGAACACUGCCCCCUCGUUUGUCUCCUGUGUCAAUCUAGAUGGUGAGACGUGGUUUUCUUAAGGCUAGGCCUGCUUGUGACCUGCAUUCCAAGCCAUGGGACAAACUGCACAGAAGUCCUGUAUAUUUGUCAUUAUACCCUUCAGUCACCCCAGCCCUGUCCCACCAGGCUCCAUCUUUGAGGUCAGAGGGAAAAUGUCCUAUGGCCCUGUCCUGUCAUGCAAUAAACCAUCGCUGUGGCUGUGGGAAAGCCCCUCUCAUGCUUUGAGUUUCAGCCCAGUGGCUUGCCCCUGUGCUGGUGGGGCCUCGAGUACAGUGUAUGUAGGCAGGGAAUAAUCCCUGUCCUUCUCCCCUUCCUUUUAGGUUGUGAGGUUCAAUUUUUGGGCAGGGGGACAGUAUGGUUAACCUUUGUAGCACUCUGGUUCUCCAGCCCAUUUCAAGCUUCCCAAAUCAUAUUUUGGUGGAACUUUAGGAUCGGUUCCUUUUCAAUGCUUGGAAGAUGCUGUGAGGAGUCUCAUUUGUCUAAAGAUGCAGCAGGUGUUCGGGGCUCUAAAGCUGUGUCUGUUUUCCAGUUGGAUUAACUUGGGAAUGGAAGGUGGCCACAGCGCGGAUGGAUGGAUGGGCUUUACAAGAUGGAUCACACAUUCUAUCAGGAACUCAAACUUCCUUCUUUCAAGCUUCUCUUUUUUUUCAGACUUACAGUGUGACUGGGAUAAGGUAUUUCUUUAAGUGUCAGUUUCUCAUAAAUACCCAAGCUUGGCCUGUUUCCUGGGGCUGUGAAGUGGACUGAAUGGGAUCAUGAAAGUAGAAGUGUUAUUGAAACCAUAAAGAGCUCUGUUGCCCUCAAUAUCAAUCUUGCAAUGGCAUUUCUCAACCUGAGUCCAGGACCUGGGCAGUGGGCCAGUCUGCCUGGCUACACAUCAUUUGGGUCAUUUAGGUUGUAAGCCACUGAAGAUCCAUAAUUUUUAUUUUCAUAUUCUGUACCCCAUGCCCUUCUCCUCCUUCUGCCUCCUCCUUAUCCAUAAAGAAAUGGCAAUAUUCCAAGAAUAAUAUCUGCACAAAAGGGAAAAAAAUGUAAAGGUAAAAAAAAAUGUUUUGAGAACAAAGGUGAAUGUAACGACUGGAGGGAAUCACAUCUUUUAAGAAAAGUUCACAUUCUUUUAUUUGUAGUGGCAAAUGACAGGAUGGUACAACCUUUAUUCUUUUCCAAAAAUAAAACAAAAGACACAACAUCUAUAGUCAGCUGACAACUAUUUUGGCCUUUUGGGGUGGGUCUAGCCGUACUUGUGAUUUCAGUGGUACGUGACCCCCACCAAAGGCUUGCCCCUGCCCGUGUACAUAGUCAUUGUUUCUGUGGGCGGGCCCAGCACUUUCUGUCAGUGUCGUACUGUAUGUGAUGAAUUACGUUGGUCUCUGCAUUUUUCUGCAGAAGAGGAGUAUCUGCUCCAGGUACCUUUACAUUUUCACAGCCCAGGGGCCAACACUGUGGGCGUGUGACUCUUUAGCGAAAAAAACCCAUGUGGUGAUGAUGUGUGUGUAUAUAUAUAUAUAUGAGGAUAUAUUGGGAAGAUUUCUAAAUAAAAGUUUU